GUGUAUGUGAUAAAGCUCAUGAUACACUCAAAUUUUUCACAAAUGUUAUCAAAACCACUUGAUAAACAGCUAAAAAAAAUAGGAGUUAAUUUAUUGAUUAUUGAUGAUAUCAAUUCAAUUGAUGCAAAAUUUGAAACGACAUUUUUUCUCAUUUAAAAAUUCAUUUAUUCUACAAACCAAAAGAAUGAAACAAAUAUCUAUUGAUGAUAGCCAAAAAUUGGACAAUUUAAUCAAAGAAAAUGAAGAUAAAAAAUUAAUUCUAUUGUUUACCGGCACGAAAAAAGCCAAUGGUAAAAGUUGGUGUCCAGAUUGUGUUGUUGCCGAUCCAAUAAUCGAAAGUGUUGUGAAAGAAACUACAGAAGAUCAGAAUAUGAUUUUUGCUACCGUUAUGGUGGGCGAUUUACCAAGCUGGAAAAGUUCAGAUAAUGGAUUCCGAAAACAUCCAAAAUUUGCCAUUAAUUGUGUUCCAACACUCGUCAAUGUACCAUUGAACAUUCGAUUGGAAGAAGGUGGUUGUGCAGACAAGACAUUGGUGAAAAAAUUAUUCGAAGGAACAUUAGAAACUGGUGUCACUUCGAAAGCUGGAACCUGUGUGGAUGGUGUAUGUCGACUUCGUUGAUCGUUGAAUGAAUGAUCCAGUGAAUUUUUUUUUUACUAAAAAAUUGAUUUUCGAAUGAAAAAAAAAUCAAUAAAAUCAA